CUGGGGAAGUCAAACCUCUCCACUGCUUUUUUUUUUUUUUUUUUUUAAUAAGCCUCAAGUUAAUUGAGAAUCCAGAGAGCUCGGAGGGUGCGAGCCCGGCAGGCAGCGUGAGAGCCUCCCGAGAGAUGGCGAGGACGCCACCAGCCCGGGCGUGAUGUCGGCGGGUGGAGGCCGGCCGCGCGGUCCGCGGAAGAAGGAGCAGCCUGGGUGGGGGACACGGAGGAUGCCGCGCUGACCAGACGCCGGCCAGAGGAGCGAGAGGCACCAUGGAAAAGACUAGAACGAAGCAAGGAGAGAACGAGCACGUGCCCAUGAACAGCCCCUCCACGCAGAUCUACCAGUUGCAGGCUCUCGCCUCGGAACUCAAGACGGGCUUCACGGAAGCCAUGCAGGAGCUGUCCCGGAUCCACCACGGGGAGUACGUCCUGGAGGAGAAGGUGAAGAGCUGCAAGUGCUCCAUGGACGAGCGGGUCACCGAGAUGAGGAAUUCUCUGAACUACUUCAAGGAGGAGCUGAGCAACGCCAUGUCCAUGAUCCAGGCCAUCACCUCCAAGCAGGAGGAGAUGCAGCAGAAAAUCGAGCAGCUGCAGCAGGAGAAGCGGAGAGAGUCCCGGAAGGUGAAAGCCAAGAAGGCCCAGAAGGAGGAGCACAGCGCCCCGGGCCCGGCCCCCGGCAGCCCCUUCCGCUCCAUCAGCACCCCCGAGCCCCUGCCGCCCAGCGACGAGUACCCCAGCCUGCUGCCGGCACAGGCCUACGACAAAGCCGCUGAGUCCAGGGCUGUUCACGUCGGGGAAGGGAACGUGAAGGCCGUGCUGGGCGCAGGAAUGAGCCCGGCGGCCCCGGAGGCGGAGGAGAGCCUGAAGGCCUGCCUGCCCUCGGACACCCCCGGCCCCGGCCACCUCCCGUCGGGGCUGUGGCGCCAGCCCAAGGUGAAGGAGCGGGCCGAGGAGUACGCCACCAAGGACCGCCCCGACAAGCUCACGGAGGGUGCGCCGGGCAGGCACGGAGCACUGGACACUGUGCUCUGCGAGCCCUCCUUGGCGGCUAAAAGGCAGACGGUGGCUCUGGAGCUGCUGGAGUCGGAGAGGAAGUACGUCAUCAACAUCUCUCUGAUCCUGAAGAUCAAGGCCACCUUCCAGGGCUCGGACGGGAAGAGGAACGCCAAGGAGAGGAGCCUCUUCCCGGGCUCCCUGCGGUACCUGGUCCAGCAGCACCUGGACCUGCUCCACGCCCUGCAGGAGAGGGUCCUGAAGUGGCCCCGCCAAGGGGUCCUUGGGGAUUUGUUCCUGAAGUUAACAAACGAUGAGAACAACUUCCUGGACUACUACGUCGCCUACCUGCGGGACCUGCCCGAGUGCAUCGCGCUGGUCCACGUGGUGGUCCUGAAGGAGGGUGACGAGGAGAUCAAGUCGGACAUCUACACUCUGUUCUUCCACAUCGUGCAGCGCAUCCCCGAGUACCUGAUCCACCUGCAGAACGUGCUCAAGUUCACGGAGCAGGAGCACCCCGACUACUACCUCCUGCUCGUGUGCGUGCAGCGCCUGCGCGUCUUCAUCGCGCACUACACGCUGCUCUUCCAGUGCAACGAGGACCUGCUCAUUCAGAAGCGCAAGAAGCUCAAGAAGUCGUCCAUGGCCAAGCUGUACAAGGGACUGGCCUCGCAGUGUGCCAGUGGUCAGGACGCGGCCGCCGCGGGCCCCGAGGCUGUCCGGGACAGUGGCCCCCACCCUGAGGAGCUGCUGCAGCCCUACCCGCCCGGGCCUGGCGGCGGGGCCCUCACGCACCUGCUGGCCCCCGCCAAGAAGGGCCCGCCGCCGAGCCUGCUGGAGAGCCUGGCGCCCGCCAAGCCCGGAGACUGGGAGCCCGACGGCCGCAAGCACCCGCGGCCCGAGUUCUGCGCGGCCGAGCCCGACGGGAAGGCGCUGGCCGGGCCGCUGCAGGCCAUCCCCGAGCUGGACUUCGAGCCGGCGCCGGCCGAGCUGGGCCCGGCCGAGCGCUCGCUGCGGGGCGCGGCCGAGCUGCUGGCGGACGCGCGCGGCGGCUUCGUGGCCGCCGCCUACGACGAGUUCGAGUACGGCGGCGACCUGUUCGCGCGGCCCGCGCCCUACGACGACGAGCCCUUCCCCGCGCCCGCGCUCUUCGACGCCGGCUCGGCCGCCUCGUCCGAGUCCAGCCUGGACAUCUGCUUCCUGCGGCCCGUCAGCUUCGCCGCCGAGGCCGAGCGGCCCGAGCCCGCGCGGCUGCCCAAGAGCGCCACGUCGCCCGCGCCCGGCGCCGCUGCCCACCCGCUGGACGCGGCGGCGCAGGCCCACGGCAAGGCCAAGCCGCUGAGCCGCUCGCUCAAGGAGUUCCCGCGCGCGCCCGCGGCCGACGGCGCCGCCCCGCGCCUCUACAGCACGCGCAGCAGCAGCGGGGGUCGCGCCCCCCUCAAGGCCGAGCGCCCCACGCCCCCGCACGCGCCCGCCCGCGCCGCGCCCCGGACCUUCUUCCCCCAGCAGAGGUCCCAAAGCGAAAAGCAGACCUAUCUGGAAGAGAUGCAUUUAGAAGACGCCACCAGAUUCUGCCCAAAGGAUGAGAGAGAAAGUGAACAAACAUCUUUCAGCGAUCAGAACCCCAGGCCAGACCAGAAAGGGGGGUUCCGCAGCUCCUUCCGCAAGCUCUUUAAAAAGAAAAAUGGGAACGCAGCUGGUGAAGAUUUCUGUGGUCCCUGGGGCUGGUGGUGACAUCAGAGCUUUCCCAUGUCCAGGUAAACGCUGCACAGUUGCAUGUUAGAACCCCCCACGUCUGCCGUGUCGGGCUUUGGAGAGAGGCUGCGGCUCAGAGGGGCCAGGAGCUGGGCAGACCCACGUCUUGGGCUGGCCUCAACUGCAGACACAAGAUGUGUGGCAGGAAGGAAGGGCAGCAGGACCAGGAACCUCACCCCACUGGGUGUGGUGGCCUGAAUGUCAGUGGGGUCCUGCGGGUGGGCCUGGCAGACUCUUCCGAGGAGAGCCCUGGGGGCUGGGGAGGCAGGAGUGGCCCCUUCCUUAUGUGAAGAAUGGGCUGACGGACAGACUGAUUUUCCUCUCUGCCCUGGGGUUAGUGACGCGCUUCCUGCUGUCGGCGGGUCAGGGGCCGCUGGCCACCCAGGCAUCCAGUUGCUAGUGGGAAAAUCUGGUUGUCGCCAGGCGUCGGGAUACCAGGGUUUUAAUUUUUGUGUGGAGCUGAUGUCUGUCCUUGACUCAUGCCAAGGGCUUGUAUGAGUUCUGCCCCUUCGCCAGUGAGUACCACAGCCCGCAGAACCCUUGUAGGUCAGUGACGGGAAGGAGCCCGCCCCUCUCUGGCACAGAGCACCCGCCCCUGACUCCUCCGUGGGCCGUGCUGGCUCGAGGCUGUGCCCCCCGG